UUGGGUUCCGGACCAUCUUAGUAAAAGAAGGAACCAGAGGUGUUGUUCCAGACAAUUUCGACAGCUGUAUGGAUGAUUUACGUUCAAAGGGUGUUCAAGUUACUAGCAUCCAAGACCAAGAAUUCACCACCGAAUUCCUAUUUUAAUACCCCUUGACUACGUCAGUCCUCGUCCGCUAGUUCGUCUACUUCACCAUCAGAAUGUUCUAUUCCAUUAUCUUCGUAUUCUUCUUCCUCUUCUUCCUCGUCGUCUCCGAAUACAUCUUCAUAUUCUUCAAUUCCGUCCAAUUCCAAGUCGUCUUCAAAGUCUAUAAUGCAUUUGUUAAUAAGCAAACCAUAAGCCGAAAGUUUCAGAGCCAUUUGUCAGCUACUAGAAAUAAUGGAUGCACAUGUUACCUUGAGCUUUUUGGAGAUUGCGCAUAAGUUCAUCGACCUGA